AUGUCUUUGCUAAUUCGACUUAAACCAUUGUUUUUUAAGAAAAAAAUACUUUUUCUUAUUGCACAUCCAGAUGAUGAAGUUAUGUUUUUUGGUCCAUCUAUAUUACAAUUAUUAAAAGAUAAUGAAAUUUAUCUUGUUUGUCUUUCCAAUGGUAAUGCAGAUGGUAUAGGAAAAAUAAGGGAAAAAGAACUUUUUAAAUCAUGCCAGAUUCUUGGAAUUCCUGGGAAAAACAUUGAAAUCAUUGAAAAUAGUAACCUACAAGAUUCUAUGACAUCAGAUUGGAAUCCAGAUCUUAUUUCUGAAAUAUUAACAAGUAUUGUUAUUAAGAAAAGUAUUGAAAUUAUAAUUACUUUUGAUGAAUUCGGAAUUUCAAGACAUCCAAACCAUAUUGCAUGUUAUCAUGGCACUUUACUGUUUUUUAAUUCCUUAAAAACAGAGAAACCUCAUAUUUAUGUAUUGCCUACUGUUUUCAUAUUACGAAAAUAUCUUUCUUUCUUUGAUUUAUUUUUUACUUUGGUUUUAUAUUUAUAUCACUUGCUUCUAGGACCUUAUUUUUUUCACUUAUUUCAAGUUAAAGAUAAGAAGCUUUUGCAUCUUUUUAUUAAUUCAUUUUCUCAAUUUCAGAAUGUGCAAAAAGCAAUGAUAGGACAUUCAAGCCAGAUGAAAUGGUUUAGAUGGUUAUAUAUAUACACUAGUAGAUAUAUGAUAUUUAAUGAAUUGGAAAGAAGAAAAUGAU